GAGGUGUUACUGGGCACUCGCUGCACGCACAGCACUGCAUGAGUUUGGGACGGCAGGUGUAUUUUCUUGUGUUUAUAUCAGAAAUCUGAUGAACUGAGGGGAAAAUUGAGGCGAAAUUUGUGUUGGCAUCUAUCGUACAAGCUUUCUAUUCUCCCAACGUUUAACGGGAGUGCCAAAUUCGGAAGCUGAACACAAAACACGUGGAGGUUCCUCGUCAAUUAAGGUUCAACAGUUUCGUAUCAUCGGCCGGCCCAGCGCGGCGCGCCAACGUCAAUCAAAAUGGCGUUUGCCGACAUAGCAGUGAUGGAAACGUUUCGUCUGCUUGACAAAGUCAGGGCAGAUGGACCCAAAGAGCGACCGGAGAGGAUCGCGCAAGAACCCCCACGGGUCAAACCUUUGCACAAAACAAAGUCCAAGGAAGGAAAACAACCGAAGACAGAUCCUCUUCGAGUUUUGGACCCCGGACGCAAGAAGUUGACAACUGUUGAAUCUCAGAGGGUCUUGGCCGUAUUGGAUGAGUCCAUCAAGAGGACAGAGGUCGUCACCUUACUGCCGUACAUCAUUGAUAAUCUGGACAGGUUUAGCGUGGUGUUGGGAGCAGACCUAGUCACAGCCCUGGAGGAACAGGGAAAAAUUAAGAACUCUUACGUGGAUGUUUGUGAUCAGCUGAGAGCCGUCAGGAAUCCAGAGCCGGUCUUGGCAUCCCGCACAAGCCAAGCAAGCAGGAGGUCGUCAGCUCUAUCCCAGAGGAGUGGUGACACACAGAGUCGGGCGUCAUCCAGGCACAGCAGUAUUGUCGCAAGUGAGAACAACAUCGGGGAGGAAGAAGAAGAUGAAGAGCCAGGCAUCUCGGAAGAAGAGGAACAAUUGAUGCAGACCUUAGCCGUCUUGAAGCAACAGAUAGGUUUCUCCACCCGCAACGCCCUCCGACUCCUGUCGCUGAACCCCGCCGCUGUGAACGCCGUCCGAGUUGAGCGGAAGCGCAGGGACCAGGAAUCCAGCACCCUCAUCACAUACAUGAACGAGCUGCGGGGGUUCAUCCUGGAGCGAUUGCUGACCACGCCCCUUGAAGAGAAGGAAAAGACUGACUACCUGACCCACAUCACCAUCCGAGAGAGGAAUAAUGCCCUAGUUAUCAAGAAGCUGUCGACAGAGUUGCAGGCUGCUGAGGAUGAGAAAGAUGAAGAGAUCUCUAAACGAAAUGAGGAAAUCCGUCGUCUGAAAGCUGACCUGAACCAGAUUGAGAAAUUCUCUGAGGAGCACAUCCGCCGCACCAAGUCAGAGGCAGACAAGCAGCAGCAGGCCGACGCCAAGAACUCGGAGGGUAAACAAGGCAAGCUGCAGGCCGAGCUGCAGGCGCUGAAGACGCAGCUGGCGACCAACACGGCAGAGCACCGGGAGAGUGAGCUGGCACUCAGAAAGAGAAAAUACAAGAUUGAGACAGAGGUUGAAAAUUGGAUCCAGAAGUAUGACACUGACAUGGGUGAACGACAGGACGAAUACGAAGACCUGGACACAGUCUACACCGAAGAGAAAGCCCAGCUGAAUGAGCUAGAGGAACGCUUCACCACCUUGGAGACCGAGUACACCACCAUCAUGGAGGAGAAACGCGUCGCCCAGGAGAAGAAGGAACGAGAGGAGAGGGAGCUGGCACUGAUGAUCAAGGGAGCUACGGUCAUCCAGGCCUUCUGGAGGUCCUACAAGUGCCGCAAGGCCCUCAAGGCUAAGAAGAAGAAAGGCAAAAAGGGCAAGAAGGGCAAAAAGGGGAAGAAGAAGUAGAACAUAUUCUCUCCCCUCACCCAAAUCUUGCUCUGUACAUUUUGUUAUAUCCGUCCAUUUAGUCAAACUCCCUCCCUUGAACUUCUGAGUUAGCAGUUGUCCUAAUAGGGCUUUGCCCAUUUCAGUUGUGGUUUCAAUUGUAUAUUUACAAAAAUGUAUACCCAGUGUGUUUCUGUGCUCUCCUGUGUUUGGUUUUCCGCAUGUUUAGUUAUCUUUUUCAGGCAACAAAUUUUGCUCAAGUCGUGUGAUAUCUAUUUGCCGAAUUUCCAAUUUGAUGAAUUUCCAAUUUGUCGAAGGUGAGGUGGUUUAAAUAAGCCCCCAAACACCCUCUGUUGAACAUGCAUGAAAAUGAGACUGUGUGACCAUAACCUGCAUUGUAACCAUAAUCUUGCAGCGCAUUGGAAAGAAAAGAUUCCACGCAGACAUGUACGUGUACAUGAUUUUAAAAACUGAUAUUUUGACUGUGGCCCUAUUUACCUUAAUAAAGAUGGCAAGGCUGUCUAAAUUACCUAUGAAAGUGAAACCAUGUCAACCCAUGAGCCAUGUCAACCCUAUGUAAAAUAUGUACAAAUUUAUUUGAUGGUACAAUGUACUUUGUGUUAAAAUGUUGCAUUCUUAUCAAUGUAUUCAGCAUCUGUUGAAAUUAUUAGAAUAUACAUGUACAGUUUGUAAUAAUUGUCAUGUAUAAAAUGCAAACUGUUAAAGACUUAAACAGGAUCCCCCAAAAACAUUAAUCUGUUUUUUUUUGUUUUAAUGUUUUGUAAACCAAUUUCUGUUUCUGAUGUUGUAGAUCAUGUAUGUACAUUGAGAGCAUGCUUAAACUUGUUCAAAACAAAUCUGUUCAUGUUCAUUGACACUAGCUGUAAAUAAGUGUGCCUUUUUGUAAAUAAAAGUGCUAGCAGUGCCUUGUCGGUGACAAAACUGA